GCAGCCUCCCCUGAACGCCCAGAUGCUGGCCCAGCGUCAGAGGGAGCUCUACAGCAUCCAGCACCGUCAGAGGCAGAUGUUCCAGCAGAAAGUCCUGCUGAUGAGGCAGAACCUGGCCGUUGCUCCGACUAAAGGUCCUCCAACAACACCUCAACCACAGCAGCAGCAGCAGCAGUUCACCUUCCCACCAGGGUACAACAGCCCAAUGACGGGAAAACCCCCUACCUCACCGAGUCCCUUCAGCCCCCUGUCCCCCGGGGCUCCUCUGGACAACAAGCUGCCCGGCAGAGUCCCUUUGAGCAGCCCCACGCUGAUGAGUGGCGUUCAGGGCCAGUUCAGCAGCUCCGUCAACGCCUCGCUGCAGCAGGGACUGUUCCAGCAGUUCGGAGGGGCCGUAAUCGGCCAGGCCGGACCCCAUCCCUUUCCCUCCGGAGGAUGAGCCCGACUUAGCCGCGUUGGUUGUCGCGCUCAACAUCAACCUGCCAUCCAGAGGUCCUUUGCUGCAGCAAGCCCGCGCUGUGGCUACCAGUCACCAGAAAAUGAAGAGUGGCACAGACCGGCAUGAGCAGCAACAGGUAAAGGAACGAUGUUGUGCAAACAUUAGAAA